UUGUUUUAAUUUUUGUCUUUCACAGACACUGAAUACAGAAGAUGGACACAGAACACCGUGCUGCCUUUAUUGAUACGAUGAGGAAAGAGCUUAUCCAGGGGGUUUCCUCAGUGCCGCCUCUGGCUGAUGAGCUGUUCCAGAAAAAGUACAUCAGUAAAGAGGCAUAUAACAAUAUCUGCUCAAAAAGUACCAGCCAAAACCAGAUGAGAGAACUCUACAAAUAUCUCAAUAACAAAACAAUCAAAUCUGCAUUUUAUGAAGCCCUGCUGAAAGAGGACAGUCUACUUCUUGAAGAACUGGAGAAGAAAUACAAGAGCCCAGAUCCCUCACCGAACGAGUUCCAUGGCUCUCCCAAGGGUCUUAAAGAAUGGAAGAGAAAUAGCAUUGCUCAUAGAGCCAAAUUUGAGAACCUCCUCAAAGAUCCUGAACUGCAGAAGCCAGGAAACGGGAAACUCCGCCUCUGCACAAAAGAUGACUACAGUAUAGGAAAUGGAUCUGAAGGAACCCAGGUGUAUAUCGGACUGCGGGAUGAUGGUACUGAGGUAGCAGUCAAACGAAUGCUUAAGGUUAAAUAUAAACAACUGAAGAAUGAGAUGGAAUUGCUCCGAGAUCCAAAGCUGGAGCACAGGAACAUUGUCCGAUAUCUAGAUUUCACAGAAGACCGCGAUUUUUAUUACCUCUGCCUCCAACUCUGUGAGUAUAAUUUUGAAGAUUACAAGAAAAUAAAAGAACUGGACCAGGAGGCUUUGAAGAAAGUGGUAAAGGAAAUGCUUCUUGGAUUGCAAGUCCUCCACAAUGCUGGUAUCAUCCACCGAGAUAUCAAACCCUCCAAUAUUUUAAUUGAUGCGAGAGAAAACGUGAGAUUGUCUGAUUUUGGUAUAAGCCGCAUGGUAAACCAAGAUGCGAGCACCGUGUACACCGCAAGAGCCGGGACUCGAGGCUGGGAGGCGGCAGAGAUCCUGAAAGGGGAUGGACAGUGUGCUUACAAAAGAAGCAGCGACAUUCAGGUGGCUGGAAUGUUGGUGUAUUACAUCCUCUCUCGUGGCUUUCAUCCUUUUGGCAAUGUUUAUAUAGUGGAAGAAAAUAUCCGGAAAGGAAAUUACCAACUGGAUCAAACAACUGACGUGGAAGCAAAAGAUCUGAUUGAGAAAAUGAUUGCACCAGAACCACCAGACAGGCUGAGUGUUGCAGAGGCAGUAGAUCAUCCGUAUUUCUGGGAUGAUGAAGGUCUCUCUCUCUGUUUUCUGUCUCUGGCAUCGUCCAGUCUCUUUUCUACUUUCCUGCUUGGGAAUCAAGGAUAGAAGCAUCAGAAGGGUCAGGAGAGAUGAUUUUUUGAGAACCAUCGGGGACAAGGAACCCGUCCAGAACUACAAAGAUGUAGAUGGUGAGCUCCGUAAAGCUCUGGAAAAACACGCACAGUUUUUUGGAUGGAAAUCUAAGGU